AUGAGUGUUCCAGCACCGAGGAUGAAGCUCCUGGCAGAGGGGGGAGCAGCCGAGUCGCUGCUGCACGAGAAAAAAGCAGGCGACGAGGAGUAUCAGGGAGAGCAGGAAGAGAGGGAGGAGGACGAGAAGGGGGAGGAGGAGGAGGAGAAGGAGGGGGAAGUGGAGGAGGAACAGGAGGAAGAGAAAAUAAUCAAGCAGGGGGGAGUGGAGGCAAUCAGGCUCUCCACCUCACUGUCAGGCAGCGCGAACAAGUCCGAACGACAGCGUCGCUACCGUGCGUGGGUUCGGUGGAGCAGGGUGGGCUAUGUGGUAACCCUGUUACAAACGGGAGCAGCUCUUUUCCUCACUGUCGCCAUCGUCCAAUCAAUGCUGGACUCUCAACUACCCUCAUGCCCUUUGAAGCUGGGCUAUCAAGGCCCCUGGACCUACCUCCUCCCACUGGCCCUCUUCGUCCUCGUUGCCAGCUGGAUCGCUGUUGGUGGGCAGUGCUUAGCUGGCAGCGACGUGCUGAUGUGGCGGUCGUUCUAUGCCAUGCGGGACCGCGCGUGGCGGGCACACUACAGAGAGAUGUUCAACUGGAGCAUCCGAGAAAUACUGUGUUGCAUGGGGCGGGCUAGACCCUGGGACGAGGUAGACGACGAGGUGGACAUAGUGGCAUCUCUGCUGGGGGAUGUGAUGGCUUACAGGGCCGUGGGGGCCAGUCAUCUCGAGCUGCUCGCAGGGCUAGCUCUCCUCCAAGCCAAUCGGCGGCCGCCGCCAGCUGUCGACACCCUCACCUCCUCCCCUUCCUCCUCCCACCCCACCCAUCUCAACGCACUACCAUCAACAUCCACAGCUACCCCUCUCUCCUCCACCACUGCACCCUCUGUCUUUGACUCCCUUAACGCUGGUACCACCUGCAGCAGCACUGCAGGCAGCAGCGUGAGGGGUAUCGUUGACAGCAGCAAUGCAGGCAGCGCGCGUGGGGUUGGCAGGGUUAGCAGUGAGGGCAGCAGCAAUGGCACCAGCAGCAGCAAUGCAGACAGCAGGCGUGCGGUUAGCAGGGUUAGCAGCGAGGGCAGCAGCAGUCAGAGGCUGGCAGAGGGGGGUCCCUUCCCCUCCCCCCCUGCCUCUGUGCCGAUAAGCUUGAUUGAGGAAGCUGCUGCUCUGCUGCCGCUUGCUAUUGCUGCCUACACGGGCCCGUUAUUGGACAUUGGUCGGUAUCCCUUCACUUUUGCAUGCGCAUGGGUGUGGAGGCAAGGGAUCUUCUUUCCGUGGCAGCAGUCCAGGUACCCCGCACUGCAAGGCGACAACUGGUGGAGGGGCCAUGCCUCGGCCUUUCUCAAGUACCUUCACCUGCCGUCCUCUGCUCUCAGGAAGGCGCGCGUCAGACAGGAGGCAGCAGGGCAGGCGGUGUACUUUGUGGUGGUGCUGCAUCAGCUGCGGCUGGUGGUGGUGGCAGUGAGGGGCACAGAGUCCCUAGAAGACAUGAUUAUUGACGGGCUGGGGAGAGAAUGCCCGCUCAGUGACGCGGAUAUGGGAGGAAUUGACAGGUCGGAGCUCCACCCCCCUCUGGUGACGGACAGAUUGGUGCCUUAUUUUGGCCACGCGGGGGUGGUGACAGCAGCACGCGAUCUGGCUCUGCAGCUGGAUAACAUGGGGGAUGGGGGAGACGAGGAGGAAGGGAGAGGCAUUCUCUCGGAGCUGCUAGGGGAAGGGGGCGAGUGCGAGGGAUAUGGGCUGCGACUUUUGAGGCGCCUCAUUAUCAAUUCCCACUGGCCUUCGUCCUCCCCUGUUCGCCCUCUGCCCUGCAGGCAUUCUCUCGGAGCUGCUACGGGAGGGGGGCGAGUGCGAGGGGUAUGGCUGCACUGCAGCUGUCUCAUCUCGCAGUGGUUUCCCUUUUCUCCCUUCCUCAUCCUCACUCUCUGCCCUGCAGGCAUUCUCUCGGAGCUGCUAGGGGAGGGUGGCGAGUGCGAGGGGUAUGGGCUGCGACUUGUGGGGCACUCCAUGGGCGGUGCAGUGUGCGGCCUUACUGCCGUUCGGUUGAGAAAACGCUUCCCUGAGCUGCGGGCGAUAGGCUAUGGGUCUAUGCCCUGUGUUGACUUUGCGACUGCCUCUGCCUGCUCCAACUUCAUCACCACCUUCGUAUAUAACGACGAAUUUUCCCCGCGUACGUCUGUAGCAUCAGUCAUGCGGCUGCGAGCAGCAGCGCUCCGGGCUGUAGCAGCAGACACGCGCGCAGGAGGCCUCCUGGGGACGGCUGUAGCGGCAGUGGGGCCGGGCGCGCAGGCAGGAUCGGCUGGCAUGAGGGCUGCUGCUGUGGAUCGGCUGUUGUCUCGGCUCUUCACUCUGCCGCACUGGGGACAGCGAGACGAGGAGGAAGGAGAUGAAGUGUUGUCACAUGGGUUGCACGUUCCAAGGCAAUGGAAGGGGUUGGGUAUCAUUCCCACUGUCAAACGUGCUCGUGCCACUGCUGGUGCUGCUGCUGCUGGCGGUGGUGGUGGUGCUGCUGCUGCUGCUGCUGCUGGGACUGCUGGCACUUCUGGUGCUGUGGUUGCUGCUGCUGGCGGCCCUAGGCUGACGGGAUAUGCCAGGGAAGAUUAUGCUUCCCUGAUUGAGUAUUGCCAGGCUAAGGGGGAUAAGGACGCACAGGAUUGGCUGAGAGAAAACGUCUUGCCACGUCAGCGGAAGAAGAAAUAUCUCUGGGGCAGGACCCGGCCGGCUUGGCUGGUGGAGCAGGAGCAGGAGUUUCCAGGGGAGGUGUAUGUGCUUGGCAAGGUCGUGCAUAUAGUGAGGGAAGAGGUUAGACCUGCCACGUCAGCAGUGCGGACAGUGAGGGAGGAUAAGGCUGCCACGUCAGCAGUGCGGACAGCGAGCAAGGAUAAGGGUGCCACGUCAGCAGCCGGCCCGUCUGAGGCUGACGCAGCGUCUGUGAGGAUCGAUGUGGACGAUGGGAAUGAGGGUGCGAUCUGCAUUGAUGUUAUUGAAGGUGAUAUUAUCGAAGGUGUUCGGAAUGGAGGAGCCCGACAGAACGGCAACGGAUGGGCGAGAGGCAAGGAUGAGGGGUGUGAAGGGGUUGAGAUGGGUGAAAGGGGUGAGGCGGGCGAGAGGGGGGAGAGGGGUGAGGGGGGUGAGGGGGAUGAGGGAGCUGAAGAGGAGGCCAAAGCCACGGGUUCAAGAAUGGGCGGGAUGCAAGGUGGGAUGCAAGGUGGAGUGCAAGGCCAAAUGCAAGGCGGGUCACAGGAGGAGAGGGUGUUGGAGGCAGCAGCGGCCAAGCCAGGGUUACUGGAGUCGUUUCGGUUGCUGGCAGGCAGCCCCUUUGCCUCCUCGCGCCACCGCGCCCGCUUCAUCCCCCGGGAGUCGCUGCGAGAUCUCCUCGUCUCGCCCUCCAUGUUCCUCGACCAUCUGCCCUGGAGGAUGUCACACGCCUUCAAGGAUCUUCUUCAAGACCAUAAAGCUCCAGCAUGA